AUGGAGCCGAUUGACCCAAGAUACGGCAAUUCUGCCUUGUUCGCACCGGAGCUACAAAAACUCCAGCUCACUGCUGGCACCGACGUUUACCCUGCCUUCCCGAAUGACAUCUUCGCUACAUACCAGUCGGGUCACAAUGCCGUCUUUACUCUGCCAUGCACCUAUGCGGGUGAGCCCACGAACGCUGAGUCAAAUGUUACUGUUCAUCUACAUGAUUUUUCCUUUAUCGGUGGUGCCUGGGCUGAGAAUGGUUUCAUCACUGUGGUCUUCAAAUUCAGGGCCUGGAGAAUCUGGGUACCUGUCCCAGAAGAAAACCUGGAUGAGGAAUUGGAACUUCCUUGUGGUAUUUCAUACACCUCUGAUAAAGGUCUUUUGAUGACAGACGUCUAUCUGAAGACACGUGGUGGUGGGCGCGAGAUGAUCUCUGUAUGUCUUGACGACUGUGAAAUCAAGGGCGUUGAGGCCAAAGUCGAGGGGGAUAACAGUAUUGCAGUCCUUCUGGAUUUUGGUGGGAGACUCUGGGUGUUCGUCGAUCAUGAUUAUGUGAUGAGACGCGGCUAUAAGUACUGGAGCAAGCCUUGA